GAAAAUUAUUUUGAAAAGUUUUCAAAAAUGUGAUGUUUUUCUAUAAGUUUUGAGGUACAUGUUGUUGACUUCAUACCACUGUUCGGCUCUCGUCCUUGGUGGUGAGGUUGGAUGAAAGUACAUGUACAGUACAUCUCUCUUUUGGACUCCAGAGUUGUGCAAUUGAUUUGCGUCCAUCCAUUUUCAAUGGAGGAAGUAUCAGCAGCCGCAUGUACAUCAGUGGCUAGCAGUGCACAAGCCACAGCUGAAGUGUCAGUCGGAGACGCGUUGAAAUCAGUUCUGGAUCGGAUCCAGAGAGCCACCAAAGAGCACAAGGAUAACCGUCGGUCACUGAGCGCCCCUCAACUUGUUGCAGUGUCCAAGACCAAGCCUGUUGAGCUCAUUUUAGAGGCAUACCAGGCUGGUCAGCGUCACUUUGGUGAGAACUACGUGAAGGAGUUUGUUGAUAAAAGCCACAAUGAGAAACUUGUCAGCUUGGCACCUGAUAUCUGUUGGCACUUCAUUGGACACCUGCAAAGUAACAAAUGCAAGCAGCUGAUAGGUGCACAGGGUCUGUGCGUGGUGGAGUCGAUAAGCUCUGAGCGUCUUGCUACCACGCUGAACAAUGCGUGUGAGCGCUGCAACGAGCGGACCGAGCCGCUGCAAGUCUUUGUGCAGGUCAACACGAGUGGAGAGGAGAACAAACAUGGGUGCGCACCGCCGGAUUGCGUUGGCCUCGCUCGUCACAUCAUAGAGCACUGCGAGCAGCUGAAGUUCUGCGGCCUCAUGACCAUCGGAGCGCUGGCAAGAAGUCGAAACCAAGAUAGCAAUGCUAAUGAAGAUUUUGAGUGCUUGGUGGCAUGCAGGGAGAAGGUCAGUCAGGCGUUGAGCAUCCCAACUGACGAUAUUCAGCUCAGUAUGGGCAUGACAACGGACAUGGAGCAAGCGAUACAACACGGGAGCACCAAUGUACGCGUGGGAACGGCUAUCUUUGGAUCGCGAACAUAUUGUGAUUAACAACAACAAAUUCAUACCAAACCAUACAAAGUAGAAUCACAUAUUACUGAGCAAGAGAAAAGUGUAUGAAACACGCCAUGAAAUUGCACACUGGCAAAAGCAAAUACCUAGUUGCUGUGAAAGAGCUUGAGCAUGCAUAUUUUCAUGGCUAUUGACAGUGUUAUGUACAGCACUAUUAUUCAUGUAGCUGUCUAUACAUUGAUGAGAUCAUUCCAAUUUUUUAAACAUGGUUAAUCAAUCAGCACAGUAUAUUUUCA